CUGGUUUCCUUCACUCUUGAUCCUGUGCACCGUGCCUGCGCAGGCCAACGGCGUCCGGUCCUGAAGCGGUUGGGUGUGCAGCUGGUAGACUAUGUCUGGACCAGAAAGUUGGACGGCCGAGUCCGCGUCUGGUUCAACGACUACCCCAAGAAGCCUACCUGGCGGGAAGGCGGCGGGAUCGCAGAAGGUGUCGGCACAUCGGGUGCCAACAUCAAGUACGCCAAGCUAACGACAAGCGGGCGGGCGGACUAUGUGGCCAUCAACCCUGAGCAAGGUUCCAUUGCCGCGUGGCUGAACGGCUGUGCCAAUCCAGACAUCAACCUCGACACACCAGACCCAUCCAAGAACGAGAAGAUGUGCUACAACUCGGGCCAAAUGUCCGAGUAUGAAAAGAUUGAGGGUGCCGCGGAGUCAUUCUGCCGAAACCUUAGCGAUGACAAGAGGGGUCCCGUGUUCUCUGACUUUUACAAGGAAGCGAAGAAGCCAGUCCUCGGGAACUACCACUUUAUCGUCGCGUUUGAAGUAUUUGAAGGCUGCAAGUGGACAUUCUCGCAUGACGAGUGUAUGCGAUACUUUAAAGUGCCCAUGGACAGCUGCAACUGCUCUAAACGGGGUGAUAAGCAGGGAGGUACAGUGAAAAAUAACUGUAUAUAUGCUCGGAUUGACCCCAACUAUGGGAUCUAG